UCUUGGCCGGGUACCAUGGUAACAUAGAACUGAACUAAAUGCCGAGAAGUCCCGUGUGUUUGCUGCACGUAACGACGUAGUAGUAGAACGUUAGAACUGUGCGAAGUGUGAUAUUAGUGUUCUUAGGGCCCCACCGUAGGAUUAGUGUGCAUUUAUUUAGUGAUUGCAUCUUAUUGUUGAUCAGUGCCGCCGAAUUUGAUACACAGGAAUACGUUUCGUGAGUGUGUGCUAUCCAAAUCGUUUGAUUGGUUCCUAAACUCCCGCUGCUGGUUGCCCACGAACUCUUUAUUUUUUUUUUAUUUCAAUAUCAUUACCUCCACAAAGGAUGUCCACAACAAAAAGACGUACAAGCUACAAGUAAAACUAAAUUGGCCAAAUAAAAGUUACCAGAAACCAACAAUCGACGAACACAAGUGAUUUCCAAAACGACACCAGCACCGGCACGGCGCACGUGAAGGAAGGGACCCGCAAUGACCGAGUAGCUUUAUGGAGCUGAAAGAAUCUGUGAUAAUGGACGUGACGGAUGCAUUUCGCGGCGGCGACGACAUAACGAAAACGGACUUUUUCGAUUUCGUCGUGACGCCCGACUCGAACGACAGCCACUCGAUACAGCAGUUCACUAAACAGAUGCGAUCGGUGAACGCGUUCCUGGGCAACGGGGGCGGCGGCCAGGACGGCGACGCCGACGCCAACGGCAACAAGGAGACGAACAACAACAGCCUGCUGAUGCAGGACAUACCGACCACUACCUCAGAAAGCGCCGCCAAUUUCGAGGCGAGCUUCUGGAACGACAAGGAGACGGUGAAGAUCGAGACAGCCAUUUUGGAGGAUCUGAACAAGUACUGUUGGAACACGGACGAGACCAAUGGGGUGGUGCAGAUAGCCAACAAGACGAAUAACAAUAACAACAAUAACAACACGGACGGGCAGAUCUACACGUUGACGGUGUUGAAUGGGAUCGAUCAGAAUGCCACGUGGUACCGACAGCCGUUAUCCGCCAUGGGUAAGGAUGAGGACGGGUCCGUGUCCAGUCCCAGCUCCAUGGAGCACCUGCAGACCGGCUUAGACAUCGACUCCAUUUUAAGUAUUAUGCCCGGCACCAUCAAUGGGUUCACGGGCACCUACAGCGAGGGGACCAUGAGCCCCAACACCGACGGUCUUAUCAAGUCAGAAACUUACACCUACGAGGACAGCGGGUUUGCUGACAACAAAGAGGAGCUGGCCAGCUCGCUGAUAAUCGACACGCCUCUCCUCGAAGCUCACGACAGUUUCAACAACAACAACAACGACUGGAAACUGACGAACAACAACAACACGGGGAGUGGCUCUCCGGACUCGUUGCUGCGGAGCGCCUUGCAAGGAAAGGCCUUCGUCAGAUACAACGGGGCGACGAACGUAAAGUCGCCCAAGAUCGAGAACAACACGGAACUGAGAAGAGCACUCAGCACGCCGCCCUCCAAAUCCGAGACGAUAUACAUCAAGGAGGAGGUCGACUCGAUACCCACCAUAGUGGCGGGCAUCGACGCCAACGGCAAAGUAAUAUUCGAGGAGCAGAUAACAACGCGACCGGUGACCGAGACGGAGAACAACCCGUCGAGUACGCACAACGUGGACGACCUCCUGCUCUCCCAGCUCGACCACUCGUUCCCCGAGGACUUCGAGAAGCUGAAGCGCAUCGCGAACGAGGUGGCCGAGUCCGUGAACCAGUACUGCCAGAUCGACACGUCCGCCGACAAUACCGUGAACAGUAUUAGCCCCGAUCAGAUCGGCAUACUGUACAACCUCAGCUCCCCCAUACAGAUCACCACGCCGGUGGUUACGAGCACCAAGCCGACGACCAAGAAGUACAAGCGGUCGAACAGCGGCGCCAAGUCGCAGACGACGGUCCAGAACGCCACGUCGACGAGCAACGGCGUCAGGAAGGAGAGAUCGCUGCACUACUGCAGCAUAUGCUCGAAGGGCUUCAAGGACAAGUACUCGGUGAACGUGCACAUACGCACGCACACCGGCGAGAAGCCCUUCACGUGCAGCCUGUGCGGGAAGAGUUUCAGGCAGAAGGCGCAUCUAGCCAAACAUUAUCAGACACACAUUGCGCAGAAGAACGCGGCGGCGGCCGGCACCGUCACGGCCGCCAAAACCAAAUCUAGGUAGCUUAUUAUUAACUUUUCCGACCGAUUUAUUCUGUACGCGUUCCGUUCGACGUCCUGGAUGCUGGGCGAUUCGGUCGCCCACAAUUGGCGACUUUCUUGUGUUUUCGUCGUAGCACCAGUUACAAAACGUGACCAGAAAAACUCUGAAUAAAUUCCUAUGCAAAUUGUAAACUUUUCGAACACGUUUUCUCGCAAGAAUUGCAAAUUUGGUUGUUUAGAAAAAAAUAAAUUAUUAAUAACUUGUAUAUGUAUUUAGAAGACUUAUGAAUUAUGUAAAUGUACGUUUUCGCAUUCUGAAUUUAAUUAAUGUCGUUUUCCGUAAACACUUACGUUAAUCAUUUGCCAAUUUAAAUGUAAAUUUUUGCUGAACGACCGUGAUGGCCCAGCUCCAGUCAAAAUCUGAUCAAAAGCUCAAAAAAUUGAAAUCAAACAACGAAAAUCAAAAUACUCAAUCUUGUACUUAAAACUCUUAAUUAAGGUACUACGCAAAUUAAUUGUUUUUCAAUCUUGUUCCUAAGCAUAAUUUGUUUUGUUAAUUUUUUUAUAUAAUUAUGUGCUGUGAUUUUUGAAUGAAAAAAGUUAUUCAAAAAAACAAUGUGUAAGUUAAUGGAAUUCUGCCUAAAAUUGUUCUUGCCAUUUCUGUAUUAUUUACUAUAAUAAAAUUUAGAUAUUUUUUAUUUAUUUAUGAUUACCUUGUAAUUUUGUCGUUUUUAAGAUUUACUUCUACAACUGGAUGGUUCAUAAUAUCUAGACUCGUGGGUUGCGCCAGACAAAAAAAAAUCCACAGUUAGUCAGGAUUUCAAAAGAAACGUCCCUCUCGGCCAUAUUUACAAAUAACGCGCCCAUAAAAAAAGACACGAUAUCAUGAACUGUACCAAUGAUCAGGGUAGUUUCUACCCACAUAAACUUAAUGUAAGUACUUCCUAAUGAUAAAAGUAUUAUGACUCUACCCUGUUUCACGAUUUUGAGGUGUGUCGAAAGUUUGCUGAGAUGUGGCUUAUUAUUUAUUGAGUGGAAAUGUUGUAAUUUCUGUAAUAGUUUAAUUGACCAAAACUUUAGAUACAUCUUCCGAUCGAUUCAAUUAGUUAAAGUCGCUUUUAGCUGUUUGUUAGUGCUUAAUUUGUUAGUUAAACUUCAGUUUACCAUACGACAAGGCAUUAAAAAUGACCUUCUUACCUUAUAAUACUCACUUGUAAAAAGUAUUAAUUAAAAUAAUGUAUAUUGCGAUAGUUUAAUUUAUUGUAACCAAGUUACAAUGUGAGUACAACAGCAUCCAGUUAGCUGGUGCAUAUUUUGUUAAUCAUUUUGUAAUUUUACCACCUUCGAAUUGUUGUUUAUUUUAUAAAUAUUUAUAUACGUUUGCAAAGUUUAUUGUACGAAAUUGUUCUUUUCUACAGUACUUACUUGUUUGUAAUCAGUAUUUGUUGAUUUUUUUUACGAAUGUUCUAUUUCUUAUUUACGAGAGAUUGCCAUGGUAUAGGGAUUUUUAUAUUCUUUUUGGAUCUCAUUCAAGUGUUUAGUACAUCGCUUACUGUUGGUUUGUAACUGCCAAUUUUUUUUUUUGUUUACUGUGUUCUAUUAAAGACAUUAUUCCGAUAGUCUAUAUACAUAUACACUGAGCUCUUCCACAAGACAAAUGUCGUCAAAUUCAAGCAGUCCGUAUCUUCCAGGAUCACUGACCUCAAAACAUGUUUUCUUGCAUUCCCGGCCACAAUUAAAUGUUCUAAGAAAGUAAUAAUGCGAAAAAAUUGAUUCUGGAAUGUAUAUGACGAUUGACGAUCAAAUAUAUUAUACAUAUUUAAAUGCAUAUAAACAUUUUUUGUUUAUACAUUCGCCAUAGAUCAUGUUUUUAUACACAGUUUACGUUAUGUAUAGUUGUAUCAGAUUUUAUCUCUUCUUUAUUAUUGUAUUAUUGAUUUUAUUGAAGUAUUUUUAUACCUAGAUUCAUAUAUUUACAUUUUAUAACUUUUUAUUAUAUAAAUGUGAAGUUUAUAAAUAAA